AUGGCAGAUCGAGAGUAUGUGGUCACCGCCAUAAAUGAUGUAUUAACUACCUUAAACCGCUAUGUAGAUUUAGAUAGUUCCUCUACAGACUUCCAGCCAGUUAUCUUAAGACUGGAUUACUUACACAGGCUUGUAGUUAAUCUUGCAAUAGAUGAUUUUGUAAUAGAAAUGAUAUCGUUAGCCUACAGAACGUUGGUUGAGAUCGAUAACAACGAAACGAUUUCAGGUUACAGAGCGUCUACAGACACGACUGGGCAACGAGGAAGACCAUCAUUUGAAAUCGGAGAAGAACAACUGUCUUACCUUUUAGAACAAGGAUUUAAUGUGAGAGACAUAGGAAGUAUUCUAGGAGUAAGUGUCCGCACUGUGGAGAGGAGAAUGUCAUCGUUCGGGCUAACUGUAUCAGGUAAACAACUGUACACAGUAUAGAUAUUAUCUCUUUCGUAUUGUACAAUAUAAAACAAUAACAUAUAUAACAAUUGCAUAAGUCAGGGCACGCCCUGGAAAACUGCCGUUGUCAUCAAAUGAAUUUUUUGUUCACAAAAUUGUUUGACUGCUAUUGUUUCAAUUUUAGAAAUUUAAAAGGUUUGCAUAUGUUUCUAAAAAUUUUUUAAGCUUUGGUUAUGUUAGUCGGGAAAAAAUUUUAAGCUUUGUUUAUGUAAAUUUUUUUUACCUCCCUCCAUUUGUCAGCAAAUGUCAUAAACACAACCUGCCUAAAGUGCUUAGCGAUGGCCAUUGCAACAGACAACAAACCUGUUUUAAAGUUUUGCAGAUGGGGGGGGGGGAGGUUUGGCAGAGGAGACAAAUCUAUGGGGAGGGGAUGCAAGGUGGAUGAGCAGGGCUUAUAGACACAUAAAGUGUCUUAUGAGACAUUGUAAUUUAUAAUUUAUAUAAGUUUAUUUGCCAAAAAAAGUACAUUAACCAUUAGAAUGCAAGACUCUCCCAUUGAUGAGUAAAAUCGCCUGGCAUUAGACAGACUAAAAGAAUACAAUAGGGCGCAUUUGGGCACAUUGCUGCUUAAUCCAUCAAGCAGCAAUGCACCCUACUUUAUUCUUUUACUCUGUCUAAUGCCAGAUGAUUUUACUUGCCAAGGAGACAGUCCUGCAUUCUACCAUGGGAAUGGGUUAACAAGACACAAUGGCAGAUUGUUUGGUUAAUCCAUUAGAGUGUAAGACUCUCCCCUUGACGAAUAAAAUCGUCAGGUGUUAGACAGAGUAAAAGAAUAAAGUAGGGUGCAUUUGGGCACAUUGCUGCCUAAUGGGUUAAAGAAGAAAAUUAAGUAUUUACAAGAAGUGGGCUAGGGACCUACUAGAAACCAUAUGGCUUUUAUUUAAGGCCCCUAUAUUAUUUGCAUAGCCCUGUCCUCAUCGGGGGAGGGGAUUAGAACAAAGAGAGACUCAAAGAACUUUUGAAAAGAUUCUGUAAUAUAUACCAUUAAUACUGACCCCUCACCCACAGUGAUGGUCUUUUCUAAGGAAAUUUCCUUAUUAAAAAAUAAUAGCAAUGAUUGUAAUAGCAAAAAUAAUUGAUUUUAUAUAUUUCAUACAUGACUAUUCCCUUACGAAACAAAAAGAGAACCAAACACGUAUUGAGAAUGCAAUGAAGUGGAAAACCAGCUUACUUUGCCAAUUGUCAUUCAUACUUGUUGUUGUGGCAUAUCACUUCACUAUAUUAACCAUUUGUGCUUGUUAUGGCAACCUUUUAUGAUUAUUACAGAACAAUUUAGUUGUUAUGUAAAAGGCAUUUUAUCUUUUUCGUAGGUAUGUACAGUAGUAUCGAUGAUAGACAAUUAGAUCAACUUGUCACUGAAGCAACUGCUCAACAUCCAGCAAUUGGGAUUCGAAUGGUGAAAGGGUAUUUGAAAGGAAAAGGGUAUCGCAUUCAGUGGAAAAGAGUAAGAGAAUCAUUGUUAAGGACUGAUCCAGUUGGUUUAGCAGAAAGAUGUAGAAUUACUGUAAAUGGGCGGAAAUAUAAUGUCAGAUUCCCAUUGUCAUUGUGGCACAUCGAUGGAAAUCACAAGUUGAUCAGGUAUCUAUUACAAGUACUUUUCAGCAAUUAAUUGGGCUUACAUUUAAUUGUAAGAAUAUGAAAAAAGUGAAAAAUUCAGGCAAUGGCUAUUUUAUUUAUGUUCUUUUAAAAUUAUAAAGUUUGUUUUGUCAACAGAUGGCGAAUAGUUGUUCAUGCAUGGUGGCAUAGAUGGCUAUUCGAGACUUCCUGUUUUCUUAAAGGCCUCUAACAACAACAGAGCUAGCACAGUACUGACAUGUUUUUGUGAGGCUGUAGCAGAGUAUGGGCUCCCUUCUAGAGUAAGGUCUGACAAAGGGGGAGAAAAUGUUGAUGUAUCAGCUUAUAUGUUAAAUCAUCCUGAGCGUGGACCUGGCAGAGGUAGUAUGAUUACAG